AUGGUUGAAAUGUCUUUCAAGAGAGCUCAGCAGCAGAAACAAGAAUGGCUUGCGAAAGGACAUGGGGAAUACAGAGAAAUCCCUAGUGAAAGAGACUUUUUUCAAGAAGUCAAAGAGAGUAAAAAAGUGGUUUGCCAUUUCUACAGAGACUCCACAUUCAGGUGUAAAAUAUUAGACAGACAUUUGGUGAUACUGUCCAAGAAACAUCUGGAGACCAAAUUUUUGAAGCUGAAUGUGGAAAAGGCACCUUUCCUUUGUGAGAGACUAAGGAUCAAAGUCAUUCCCACACUAGCACUUGUAAAAGAUGGAAAAACACAAGAUUACGUCGUUGGAUUUACUGACCUAGGAAAUACAGAUGACUUCACCACAGAAACAUUAGAAUGGAGGCUUGGUUGUUCUGAUAUUCUUAAUUACAGUGGAAAUUUAAUGGAGCCACCAUUUCAGAGCCAAAAGAAAUUUGGAACAAACUUCACAAAGCUGGAAAAGAGAACAAUCCGAGGAAAGAAAUAUGAUUCGGACUCUGAUGAUGAUUAGAGAGCAGUUAUAAUUGUUUGUAAAUUGUCUUUAUUUCUGCUUACUUUAGAAUUAGAUGUGUUUUAUAAAUUCUGUU